AUGACAAGCACCUACUACAGUCACACUAAGGACUCUGACGUCGGCGAGUACGUUGAGCUCGAGCAGCAAGAACCACUCCUCUAUCCACCAGGCAAAGACAACGGAACUGAGGAGGCGGAGGAGUCUUUUGGCAACGACCUAUCUCCCCUCCGCCUUAUACUGUACUUUGCUGGGAUCAUCUUGCUCUCCUUCUCGUGCUUUGCGACCCUCCACAUACUAUUGACACCGCCAGCACCAUCGAUAGAACCCCCCAAGAUCUUCCAAGAGCUGUUGUACUCGCCUGUCGAGCAUCUUGUUAGAUACAAGCUCCAGAAAUUCCACACUGGUUUCUUCGACGAUGAAGAGCCUUCCGUCUUCGAUGGGCCUUCAACCGACGCAAUGGACAAGGCUUGGACAGACUUAUACGACAUUUACACAUACGCAAUUUCAUCCCUCACCGAAGAAGAGAACAAGCAUCUUCCGGAUCCCACCGUGCCAUCGUUCGGCAACAUGUCCCGACUUUAUGGCGGGCUUGAUGUAUUUCACCAGUUGCACUGCUUGGAUUAUGUUCGAAUGGCCAUUGAGCCAGAACGCUAUGGGAACUCCCACAGCAAGCACUCCUUGCGCGGAAAACGCAGAGCUUCCAAAGACCUUCCACACGUAUCGGAUGCCGAGCACGUCUCCCAUUGCAUCGACAUGAUUCGCCAAUCCCUCAUGUGUUCGGCCGAUAUCAGCGUAAUUUCCUGGUACAUGCCGGAGGCUUCCUCGCCAGAGCACACACCAAAGCCACUUCCCCGAUUCGACCAGACGAGGAUGUGCCGUGACUUUGAUGGCCUCAGGGACUGGGCGCGAUCCAGGACUCCGGAUGCAGACGGCUUGGAGAGUGUCAUGCCUCAUGCGGAUCAUGGCCACGGCAACGGCCAUAAUAGAUUUUAA